AGUAGUUGCUCUCUGAAUCGAAAAUUCGAACUGACCCUUAUGCGCUCCCUGUAUAUUCAAAUCCAAGAGACGCCAAAUCCAUUGUCAUUAAAGUUUCUACCAGGUCAAGCAAUUCUUGAUGUACCAAGAACAUAUGAAUUCACCUCUGUCGCAGCGGCAAAAGAUAGUCCACUCGCUAGAGAAUUGUUCCACAUUAAUGGCGUACGCUCGGUUUUUUUCGGAGAGGAUUUCGUUACGGUCACAAAGAAAGAUGAAGAAAUCGACUGGGCGCUCAUACGAGCGGAAAUUUUGUCGACUAUAACCAAUUUCAUGGAGUCAGGAAAACCGGUAAUCGAUGAGGGUGGAUCAGUGAUUAAUGAAGACGACGAUGACACGGUGGCAAUGAUCAAAGAGCUGCUAGACUCAAGAGUACGGCCAAUGGUACAGGAAGAUGGCGGUGAUGUUAAAUACAUGGGAUUCAAAGACGGCGUUGUCAAAUUGAAAUUGAAAGGAUCGUGUACGGGCUGCCCCAGUUCUUCAGUCACGUUGAAGUCUGGAAUCCAAAAUAUGUUGCAGUUUUACGUUCCAGAGGUAAAGGAGGUGAUAGAAGUAACCGAUGAGGCUGAUGACCUCGUACAACAGGAGUUGGAAAAAUUCGAAAAAUCUCGAGGUAUUACUGACUAA